UAUAAAUAUUAUACCUGAUUAUACCUCUUUAAUACAAAAUAAAAAGGUAUACCUAGCUAACAUAUUGUGACACUUAUUAUUGUUGCAAUCAAAUUAUACAAUAAAUUGUAAAUGGAGAUCACUGAUAUUCGAAUUAACAAUUAUGCCGUUCAAGAAUAGGUUCACUUUCCAUAGCGGACACAAAAAAAUAUAGUUUAUAUUGGCGAAUGCGCAGUAGAAUAUAAGAUUUUACGCAGGUGCAGCUCAUCGCGAUCUAUAUAUGCGCAAAGAGUAAAAUUAUGCGUGUAUACACAAGAUGGGAAAUAGGCCUUUAUUUGAUACAUAACCAGGUGAGGUGUUUCGAGCAUUGAACAAAACCAGAGGGCUAUAUAUAAGGUGGCAAGAGUUGUCAACUUCAUCAUUACUCCCAAACAAUGUAGAGAUUGAAUGGACUUCUAUAGAAUUGCGGAAUUCCCUUCGUAGCAUAGAGUGGGAUUUGGAAGAUUUAGAAGACACUAUAUGUAUUGCAGAGAAGAAUUCAUCAAAAUUUAAAAUAGAUAAUAAAGAAAUUUCCGACAGGCGAUCAUUUAUUGAAACAACUAAACAAGAAGUUAAGGUUAUGAAAAACAAGAUGAGUAUUAAUAGAAAUCAUGACAGUGAUGGCACAGCACAUGAACCACUUCUUAGGGAUGGAAGUCCAACAAACUUCAGGAAUAUCACAUGGUCAUCAACACCCAAGUAUUCCAAAUACACCAAACUGGCUUCAACAGACAGUCCCGUUAGAUUUGACAUAUAUGAUAAUGACAUGAUGUCUUUGCAAGAUGGUAUGUUGAUAAGUCAAAAUGAUCAGCUGACAAUGAUUGGUAACUCUGUCGGAUCUUUGAAAACUGUCUCCACCCAGAUUGGCCUGGAGCUUGAUGAACAGGCUAUGAUGCUUGAAGAUUUAAACUCUGAACUUGAGAAUGCAGAUUCAAAGUUGCAUACAACUGUUGUGAAAAUAUCCAAAGUACUCCAUAUAAAUAAUGAUGGUCGACAGUGGGCAGCAAUCGGGCUACUUCUGUGUAUACUUGUAAUUUUGUUAAUAAUAUUUAUAAUUGUAUAAGAUUAGUAGCUCUCAUAAAGUACGACCAUUCUAUACAAUAUAAUGUUAAACAUUAAUUUGUCAUAAUUGCUGUAGUUUAAAGCUUUAUCAAGUUCAUCUCAUACCAAUUAGUAUAAAUUCUUACUACAAAUAAAAUACUAAUAUCUAAGGAUUAGUAUAGUCAAUGCAAGCUGGUAUAGCAUAAAUAUUGAAAAUGAAACACUAUAUUAGACAACAAUGAUAGUUAUUGCAGUAUUGCUCUUCACAGCUACAAUAAUUUACUUUCAACAUUCCUUGUGUAUAAAAACACUGCAACACUAAGCUGUUUCAUAAAUAUGAGACUAAAACUAAUUCAGUUAUAACUAAUACAUUCGUGCAUCUAGAUUCUAGAUAGCCCAUUGGAGUUAUCUAGAUUUACUAUCUAGAUUCUAUUUAGUAAACUAACUUUUAUUGAUAUCUUUUAAACAACAAUGAUCAGUUGUAAGAAAAGGAAAGAUUUAAACUGAGCUAAAUUUAUGCACAUCUGACAUAAACAAAAGGUUUCCAUACCAGGUAUUAUAUAUUAAUAAUAGUAAUUGUAUAUUUUUAAGUUAUAGUAACAUUUGUUGUUAUAGUGGCAAUAGAAAUACUCUGAUCAGAUACAGCCAGCUAACUAGCAGAUAGAGUUGAGAGAGUCAGGUGUUUCUUCACUUCACUUCACUCUUUGUAUACAAAACUCAGAAGAGAAUAUGAUACACAUUGGUAUUCAAAUGUGGAGGUAAUGUUUGCAUUUUGAUACCUACACCUUGCCACAAGAUGGAGCUACAAGGGAAAUAUAUAUUUAUUAAUUUAUUGUAAGUGCUUCAUGAGUGAGCUAUAGAGAAGUGCUGCCAGAUGUACCUUGUAAAAAAUAUUAAAUCCAAAUGAUAUUUUUGCAACUUGAACUCGAAAUGUAAUUCUUUUAUCAAUUUAGUGUUAAUAUUAUUGGAAUUUUGGUUGGUUGUGGUAUUAUUGUCUCAUUUUAAUUUACUAAAUAGGUGAUAAGUAUUAAUAUACAUAACGUUCAGGGGUGAUUAAAUUAUAGUAUUGGCACACUUUUUACACAAAUUACCUUGCCCCAAAUUAAGCAUAUAUAGUAUAUAUAUAGCCUGUGUUAUGAGUUGCAAACAAUGAUAUAUUUAAUACAAUAUAAUUACUUAAACAUACAUAAAUACUUAUACACAUCCAUAUUCAUCAUAUAAAUGCUUGCACCUAUUGGGAUUCGUACCCGGAAUAACGUAACCUCAUAAGGUUACCUUUCCUGUAACAUCCAUACAAUUUUAUGUAUACUUACAUAUAGGAGAGUAUCUAAACGAUCAAUUAGGCUCGGACUUCAAUUAUUUUUUAUAGCUCUAUCAAAUGACCUCGUAGGUACAAUACUGUAUAAAUUGUAUUACUUAAAACAUCACAAAAAAAUAAUAAUUUUAUAGUUUCUUGCCCCUUCUCUUCUAUCUCAUGGCGCUAUUUCUUUCCGAGGCGGUGCCUGUGCUUUAAUUGAUAUUAAAAAAAAACUCAAAUGAAACUGACUUCAAAAAAUAAAUGCCUUUUUUAUAUUUUUGAAGUCUUGAAUCAAUCAAGUCAAUAAGAGGGUAUUUUGUAAAAUUUAUGAAUGUCCGAUGUAGGUGUCUAUGUCAGUCUUUUUACUAUUGGUAAACUUCGUUCAUGUUUCUUUUAGUCUCGUUUAGGAAUGUAAGUAUAUUUUUUCACUUUUAAAUUCAAUAAUUUUUAAUAACUACAUACAUUAUUCUCAUAGUCGUUUCCAUCUCUCAAAUUGCCAAUAUCAUGUUUAUAAAACAAUAAGAGAAUAAUUAUUAAGUACAUAAUUGAUAAUAUUCGUUAGUGGAAUAGUAAUAGCUUUGAACAGUUUGUUAUUUUAAAAGAUAUCUCCCACUUUUGGGAUUAUCUAUACUUACAAAUUUAAUUUAAACCAAAAUUCACGGACGGUUGGCUCAGUUGGUAAGAGCGCUCGGACGGAACCCGAGAGGCGCGGAUUGGAGUCCCGUAUCGUCUAAUAUUAAUUCAUUCGAUAUAUUUAUGUGCUAAAUGUGUAAUUAAUUUUAUUCUGAUACUAUAUCUUGUGUUUUAUCAUAAUUUUAUCGUCUUUAGAGAUGAAGUAUCAAAAAUAGACAUGAAAUAAUAUUGUAGUAGUCACUAUGUCUAUUAUUUAAAAUUGAGUUAAGUAGAUACUGUGGUCUCCUUAGAUUUUAUGAUUUACCCCCUUAUUCAGAAUGGUCCGCUAACUUUAAACUUUUUUCUCAUUCUGACUUAGGUCAAUAGAAGAAGACAGAGUGAGAAUUAGCAAUGCUUUAGGUUAGCGGGCUAUUAUGAAUAAGGGUGUUAAUAUUUAUUGUAUUCAAGUUCUACAUGUGCGCCUUAAAAUGUACCUGUUUUUAAAAUGAAAUUGAAAAGAAGAAAUGUCUAGUAUCUGACUGUAAAUAAUUAUAUUUUUAAUGAAAUAAUUACCUAUCGAUAAAUCUCACACAAAGUUGAUUAUUAAAUACUAGCUGAUGGCCCGCUGAUAUUGAGCUUGGAUACGCUUUUUAAAUCAAUUCGAGUUAUUAAAAAGCUAGUUUAUAAGAUACAGUAGGAGGCUCCUUUGCACAGAAUGUCGGCUAGAUUGUGGCUACCACAACGGCGCCUAUUUCAGCCGUGAAGCAGUAAUGUGUAAGCAAUACUGUAUUUCGGUCUGAAGGACGCCAUAGCUAGUGAAAUUACUUGGCAAAUGAGACUUAACAUCUUAUGUCUCAAGGUGACGAGCGCAGUUGUAGUGCCACGCAGAAUUUUUGGGUCUUUCAAGGAUUCUAAGCGGCACUGCAUUAUUGUGCUGGGCAGGGCGUAUCGACUACCAUCAGCUGAACGUCCGGCUCGUCUCACCCUUUAUUAUCAUAAAAAAAAUACAAAUUACUGUCACCAGUGCCAGAUAUCCGGUUCUAACGUAACUACCGUCGUAGUGGUAAUGUCGUCCUUUAUGUGUGUGCAAAGUUUCAUUUCAGUUAGGCUAACAGUUCUCGAGUUUUAGGUGAACUACAUUCAUACACAUUGCAUUUUAUAAAUGUAGAUUAGCUUUUUAGCAUAUUUUAAUGCAUUUUAACACUCAUAGGAAUUAUGAAAGAUAUUUUUGUUGACUUUCAAUGUAAUGAAAGUUGUAAUUUACUAGCUUACGACGUAACAGGUACGUGACCUAAAAUUUUAAAUAUUUUUAUACAUUCUAAAAGCGAUUUUAAUGUCAUUUAAGCUAAUAUAUCGACGAAUUUAAUCUAGCUUAUGAUUUUAAAUAAAUAGUAAAUAAAUAAGAAAAGAAACUAGUCAAAUUAUCCUAUUACAUGCUUUCUACCAAAAUUAACGAAAAUAAGUUUUUUUUUAAAUAAUUGUUAUGUAAUGAUACGAUUGACUUUGACCAUAAAUAGGCGGCUAGAAUUGUUUGGCUCUAAAUGAAAAAUUAAUAAUGAUAAAAUAUAUUAUUAUUAUUAACUUUUUAAUAUUUCGUUGUAGGGAAAAAGAAACGUUCAAUGUAUAUUUUAUUUUAGGGUUGUGUUCAUUGACAUUCUAUACAUUAUAGACAAAUCAAAUAGAAUAAUAUAAAAAUGAAGCCAAAAUCUGGAACAUACCACAAAUUACACACCAUAACAAACUUCGACUGCUAUAUCUAUACAUUCCCGCAUUUACUGCAGUUGUUUAAAAUAUUCUUAAUCGAUAAGCAGCAAUUGUUCGAGACUGGCUCGAGUACGCCUGCGGUAUUUAGUUGGAGCGCAGCUGCGACCAAUUCUUAAUCUAAGGAUAUUUCAUUAGUAAACAAAUAUUUAAAUAGCCAUCACAGCUCGCCGCUUGUUCAGUUAUUAGUUAGCUGUUAGGCAAUUGAACAAAUUAAGACAUAAAAUAUUUCAUUUUAAACCUAACAUAGCGGAUGGAGAUCGGUGGUAAGUUGAAGGACUUGGUGUUUUGUAUCGUUAUGGUGAAGCCAUGAUUCGUCAAGACUAGCUUGUUUUUGGGCAUAGGUAAGCUGUCGGACGAUAGAAAGCGUUUUUUUUUAUUGUUUAAAAAUCUGUGCUAGUACUUCUUAAGCUUGAAAACGUACUGUGACAAUGAUACGCUUUUAUCAACUUUCUAAACGUUUCUCGGUCACUGGCGAUGGGUGUUCCGAAAAAAUCCUUGAUCAACUUAUUCUGUAGUCAAUUUUUGACGUGAUAUCGCUUUGCCUGAGCCGAGCGUGCAAGCGAGAGCGCGGAACAAGCGAUAGAGAGGCACGACCGGCGUAAGCGUUCGGCUUGCGACGCAUCUUGUUCUUUGAUUAUUAGAAAACGUAGCAUCGAUGGGCGACUGCAGUAGUAAUUGGUUGUUACAAUUUUUACUAAAAGAUGUUUUAUAUAAACGAAAACGAAAAGAUGUUUUAUAUAUUUCAUAUAAACGAUCGUAUAAAUAGAUGUUUUCUUGUGACGAUAUCACGUUAAAUUAUAAUCCGUAAGCCGACUUUACAGACAACCAAUUUUUUAUUGGAAUCUCGCACAGAUAGGUACUUAAUAACUUAUUAUUGAGCGAAGCGAAGCGAAGCUGAGCGGAGCUCCCACCGGGUGACUCCAAUUGAUUUCUGUGUUAAAUUGUUUCUCGGCCAAAUUCUGGACCGAUUUUAAAAAAUUUUGAACUCAUAUAGAGCUUUCGAAAUUUAUGGUUAUUGUCGAGUUAGAAUAUUGAAUUUCGACUUGAUUCAAUCAUUAUAAUUAAAAACAAACAUUAUUUCAAAAUUAUUCUAAAUUAGCACGCGGUAUUUAUAUUUAAUUAAAAAUUGAGUCGAUUGAUCAAAUCUUGUUUGAUUAAUUUUGUUUUGUUUAUGUACACAGACUUAGUUUAGAUCGCUUCGCUCAAAUAUACACCGGAGCGAAGCGGUACGACGAGCGACUGCGUCAUCCUAGUUUUAGUUUAUAGCUCUGACUAUUUAUUGGAUGCUUUAUGUAGAUUUAUUAUGAUGGCUUGCAAAACCGUCCGCGUUGUACUUGGUGUAAUUAUACGCUUAGCAUCGUAGCCUUAUACAGACUUCGGCAGAUUCCGACUUCAUUCUGCUUUCAUAUCUCUGAGGAAAAUUUAAAUUAAUAGAAUACACGAUUUCGCCUGUGCUGACGUAAUAAGACUGUGUUUCUGCCUUAGCCGAAGGUAGCAGUUGAUUUGUUGGAACUCCUUAUAGACUAAAUAUAAGAAUAUAUAUUGAUGUCUUAGUGUAGCUAUUAUUGAUGUCGAUGUUUUUGACUUUUUAACUGAAAUACCUUGCGCGCCAGUCUUUUGUAUCGUGAACGAAUAUCGAAACGAAAUAAGUUCGACACAAUAUUGGUACAGUGGCGCAGAAAGCUCUUAAUGUUUAGAUUGUAAUUUUUGUUGUAGAUGUUGACUAAUCGUAUUUAUUUGUUAUUUAAUAAAGUGUCAUUAUUUUACAAA